AUGGCCGCCGCGGGGGUCUCGUCCCCGUCAAGCUCUCCGCGACUCCCCAGUCCUCCCCCGUUUACUGAGGUACAGAUCGGACCCCAGUCGGGCGAGUCGUUUGGCGCGGAUGCGGAUGCUCAACGCCUGGGAGUCUCCUCAGGCGUAGAUACUGGUCCGUUGCGGAGAAUUCGGCCAGGUUCAAAGUCAAAUGAGAUGGCCUCGGGGCCUCCGUUGAUUCCUCUCAAAGAUCUCGACUCCCCAUUCCAACUGCAAGAGCAUCUGAAAGCACUUCAUAACCAUUUCACACGGCCGGAGGACUCCGACACGGUCAUUCCGAUCAAACGAGACAUUGCUCGCCAGCUUGCGGAGCCCCCCGAGGGUGUUGAGCGGGCGCUAUGGCUAUACGAACUUUGCCGCUUCUUGACCAUGAAAGUGAACAACCUUAUCGUUGCUUUCUUCGCUGAAAGCCCACCAUGCUCUUCACAGACCUGCCCCGAAAUGCGGGCUUCGGAAUGGCAGUAUCUUUGCGCAGUUCAUGACCCGCCCAAGGCGUGUUGCGCCAUCGACUACUGCUGCCACACGCUUGAUUGGGCCACCAACAUCCUUACAUCUCCGAAACAUUUUCCGAGUAGGCUGACACUAGGAUCGGAGUCCGGUGGUGGACCGCAGGCGGGCUUAAGACAUCUCACCAACAUCUUCCGGCGGUUGUAUCGCAUCUUCGCGCACGCUUGGUUUCAGCACCGGGAAGUGUUCUGGCAGGUAGAGGGUCACGACGGGCUUUAUAUGUUCUUUAAAACCGUUUGCGAUAUGUAUCAUCUUAUUCCGGAGGAUAAUUAUACCGUGCCACCGGAGGCAGAGGGAGACGAGGCGCACCAGGCCCAGCCCCAGCAAUCGCAAGACACGAACGACGGCCGCCGAUUGACGAUUCUGCGCAAGGAGAAUGAAUCUCUCAUGCCUCCCUUGGAUCAAGUUGAACCAGCGUCAAUCAGCACCGGUGCUACUACCCGACGACACAAGUCUAGCCCGUCGAUCGGUUCUCGCGUCACAACUAUUAAUGAAAGCGCGGAGGACAGUGAAGAGCCGGCAAAGGAAACAGUUCCAGAAGAAAAGGAGGCUGAACCACAGCCACCGGCUGAGCCCACGGAUGGCACAGAGGGUGGACCGGUGCAAUCUCCUACCCAAAGCACCGAUUCUCAAGUCACUGUAGCCGAAGUUGAACCGGAGGAUGAAGCUCCCGCUGCCAGCGAGACAGUCCCGACCACCGAAGUACAGGACCAGAACCAUGUGACGGAUAAGCCCACAGAGGACGCUCAAGAAGAGACUCCUGCUCCAGCAGCAGAAGACGCAACUGCCGAGAGCGAACAACCCGAAUCAAAUUCUGAGACUGCCGACCCGGAGUCAGAGCCAAAGACAGAGUCGACAACAGAACCAGAAACUGAGCAGGAAGCGAAGCCAGAGUCAGAGGAAAAGACAGAGGAAAAGACAGAGGAGCCUAUCAAGCAAGUAUGA